AUGGAUAUCAAUAAUUCUGAAGAAAAUGACUAUAGAAAUGAAAUAGAUAGAAUCUUUAAAGAUAAUAUCAAAAUUCACCCCCAAGAUGCCCAUGUAAAUACUGUUGGAAAUAUGAGUUCUAGCGAUGGAGAAAUUUACAGUGAUAGUUUUUCAGAUGGUAGUGUAAAUCACAUAUAUCAUAACCAAAUGUCAACUUCCAAACUAAUUGAAACUCAUAUAAAUACAAAUAGAUUUUAUCAAUUUAAAGAAGAACAAAAUAAUGAUUUUUUUGAUUCAAAUGAAAAUGACUAUGAUAGUUUCCUUAUUAAAACCGUAAAUAACUUAAAGAGAAUACACAUACAAGCAUUUAAAGAAUUUAAAAGUUUAUAUAACAAGUAUUGUGAAUAUAGAAUUGCAGUCGAUGGGCGAGAAACCAUCCCAAAUGACCUAAAACUAUUAAAAAUUGAUAUAAAUGAUGAUGAAAUUACUCAUUUCUAUGAAGAUAUAAAAAAAAAAUAUAAAGAUAUUGAUGAUAAUGAUACUAUAAACAGUGAUUCAAGUGUCAUAACUACUACAACCACAUUAGAUAAUAAUGGAUCCAAAAUUGAUAAUAAUGAUCCCCAAAAUAUUUUGGAACAAAAAAACCAAGCUUUCAUUAAAGAAGAUGACAGUAGUAAUAGUAAUACAGAAUCACCAACACCAGGGGCACCUUCUGCAUUUGAUUCAAAGAAACGUGAUCUCGACAAAUUUAAACAAAAUGAUGAAGAAGACCCCAGUGCAUUUACAGAAAGGGAAACUCAUCUUUUAAAAAAAUUAAAAAAAUCAAGAGAAGAAAAGGAAAUUAGAGAUGAAUUACAUAAAAUUAUAGAUUGUCUAAAUGAACCAUUAACAAAAAGUAAAAUAAAAAAUAAAAAGAAGAUUUCAAAACUUAAUGAAAUAAUACUCAAAAAAGAUGAAGAAAUCCGAACACUUCAAAAUAAGUUUGAUGAAUCAUUGGAAAAAGCCAAUCAAAUUGAAUUAAGAAACUCCCAAUUAGAAAAAGAAAAGGAAAAACUUCUCUCUUAUCAUCAAGAAAAAGCAUUGGAACACAAAGAAUCACUUCAAACUUUACAAGAUCCAAACAAUGAAAUUGGUUCCCAAAAUCCUAUUUUAAAUAAGAUUAACGAAUUAGAAGAUAGUUUCAAAAAUUUAAAAGAAGGCAUUAAUAACAACAAUAAUAAUAAUUAA